AUCGCAGACAACUCCGAUGAUGAAAAGAAGAUACGCAGUGCCGAAAACAGGGCCCUCAGACAUCAGAAGCAGAACAAGAGAUUUCAGCCUUACGGGACACAGAAAACGCCACCAGCGGCAGCUGCGGGAUCUCCGGCUCAGCUGGCUCUUCCUGGGGCUACUAGUACUUUUCAGCCCUUUCCUGCCUUUCAACAGCAGCAACAACAGCCAUUUCUCUACGGCCAAAGCAGAAACAAGCAGUCAAGGAGACAGCCUAUGCCCUACGACGUUUGCUUCGGUUGUUUCGGAACAGGGCACUGGAAAUCCAACUGCCCAAAGGGAAAGACCAAUCAAAGUCAAUGAUAAGUAUACAGUGCCUACAAGACGUUUGGACGAUACAGUGGCUUCUUUGCAGAAACUAGUGAAGAGUUUUCCUAAAGUGACGGCCAGAGAGUUGGCAAGAGUGGUUGGAAAGAUUAUGUCAAUGUCACCAGUGAUGGGUAACAUAUGUAGCAUUAUGACAAGAUUCUGUUCUAUAGAGAUAGCAUGUAGAAAGUCAUGGGACGAUAUUAUUGUAUUCACACACAAGAACGAGGUUCUAAAUGAAUAUGAGAUGGGUCCUGGUACACCAGAUGUUUAUAUUGGUCAGAUGUAUUGCAGAUGA